AUGAAAUUAACACCAACAGCUAUAUAUAUAGCUCCUGAUAUAAAAUCACCUAAACAUUUUUAUUCUAUUAAUAAUGAAAUUCAUUCUACUAAUGGGAAAACAACUCAAAUUUCUGAUAUAGUAAUUAAAGCAGGUGGUGAAGAUAGAGAUAAACCAAGUGAUCAUAAUGAUACUUUAUUAGGUAAUUUAAGAGCUGAAUUAACUACAUUACAAGAUAAUCUUAAUAUUUUUUUAACUGAAAGAAUGAAAUUAGAUGAAAAUAAAUUUGAUGAACAACAACAAGAUUUAGAAAGAAGAAUACUUGAUGAAGGAAUUGAAGAAAAAGAAGAAAAAGAAGAAAAAGAAGAAGAAGAAGAAGAAGAAGAGAUAGAAUGA